AACCGGAGUGUGGGAGGAAAAAAAAAAGUGGCAGUGUUUUAGAAAAUGGGGAAAAGUAGGAAUUCGUCCAGCUGAUAAAGUCACAGUGAACGUGAUUCCUGUUCUUUAUCUGUCCUGGGGAACUUUUACAGACUGUUCACUGUUAAAACUCGGGAUGUUGGUGUGUGUGUGAGCCCCUGUGGAUCCGGUGGAGUGUGUGUGUGUUUGUAGGAAUCCUCUGGUAUGGAGCAGGACGACUUUCCUCCCCCUCCCCCUGAUGUCCUAGACGAGGAGGAAGAAGAAGGAGAAAGUUUUGAAUUUGAUGACGAAGCUCCUGAGUCCGAGCGUCCUAGCUCCUUCCCUCCUGCUCUGGAUUGUGACUCGUCUCUACAAGCCGUCCGGGUCCUGGUGGAUGCGGAGGCUGAUCUUCCACCUCCACCACCUCAGACAUGCCCUUCAGCUCCAUACGCAGACUUCCCUCCUCCUCUUGAUGAGGGACAAAUGCAGGACUUUCCUGAUAAGGAGCUUCCUCUGCCUCCAGAAGGUGCUGAUACACAAGGAGGGAUUCCCGGGUCGCGACCCAAAGUCAACCCGUACUCCGUGAUAGACAUUUCCCCCGAGAGCCUGCCUUUGGUGUCUUCUCCAGCCAGUGGAAAAGAAGGUGAUGCCCAGGAAGUACCCAGUAGCCCCGGUACGCCCUCUGGAUAUUCAGUGCCCGUGCCCUGUGGCUACGCCACGCCCUCCAGCGUCCCCAUCCUCACCCCCACCUACAUCACACCCGUCAUCAUCAGACACUUCUCAGUGGACGAAGAAGUGACCAUUAUGGGGGCGGGGCCUACACUGACUGACAGCGUCUUCACUGAAGAACAUCCAGUCAUAAAAGAGGAAGACGCUCUGGCUAAGUGGGCCUCGGACCCUGCUAACACGGCCUGGAUGGAGAAUCCAGAUGAAGUUAUUUAUGACGACGUUCCGAGGGAGAAUUCGGGAUCCACUACAGACGUGGAUGAGAUGAUCUAUGAUGAUGUGGAGCUGGGUGAGGAGGGAGGCAGCAGCUCCGUUGAGAACGGCUGGAGCUCCAGCGAGUUCGAGAGCUACGACGAGGAGAGCGAUGGAGAGAGCGGGCACGGAGAGAACGGCCUCCUCCCCAAUGCCUUCAUCCGCCGACACACACCCAGCACCAAAACACACCUCUCUCAAGAUCUGACUCGCUUGAAAGAGCAUUAUGAGCGCAAGGUGAAAGAUCUCAUGACGAAUGCAGUGGGCGCGGUUGAGCUGCAGCAGCUCAGACACAAACAUGAGCAGAAGAUGCAGAAGUUUGUGAGGGCGGCCAAGCACGGCACCAAAGACGGCCUGGAGAAGACCAAAGCGGCGGUGAAGAAGGGGAAGUCCUUCAUACGAACCAAGUCUUUCGGUCACGAGAGGAAGUCAUCAUGUUUUGAGGAAGAGCCAUCAGAGUUCUUCAUCGAGGUGGAGUGUUUAAAUGUGGAGCCUGUGUUAGGCCCCGCCCCUGAGGGCCUCACUCAACAGCAGGUGGUGAGGAGAUGUAUUCUGGAGUCAAUAUUAGAGAGUGAAAAGAAUUAUUUGGACUCACUGAAGAGAAUAUUAGAGCACUAUGAGAAGCCCCUGCAGGAGCUGGAUCCUGGACUGCUGAGCGACAGGAAGUGUAAGGUGGUGUUUUACCGCGUGAGGGAGAUCCUGCAGUGUCAUGCCAUGUUCCAGAUCGCUCUGGCCAGCCGUGUGGCAGACUGGGACCAGCUCCAGACUAUCGGGGACGUGUUCGUCGCCUCAUUCUCCAAGUCCAUGGUUCUGGAUGCGUACAGCGAGUACGUUAAUAACUUCAGCACGGCCAUGGCGGUGGUGAAGAAGGCCUGCGCCGCCAAGCCCGGCUUCCUCGACUUCCUCAAGCAACGUCAGGAGUGCAGUCGAGAUCACGUCACACUGUACGGCCUCAUGAUGAAACCCAUCCAGAGAUUCCCACAGUUUAUUCUGCUCCUGCAGGACAUGCUAAAGAACACUCCAGUGGGCCAUGCUGACCGCUUGCCCCUACAGAUGGCCCUGACUGAGCUGGAAACUCUGUCUGAGAAACUGAACGAGAGAAAGAGAGAAGCAGAUCAGCGCUGUGAGAUCAGACACAUUGCCAAGGCCAUGAACGAGCGCUACCUUAAAAAGCUCCUGAGUGUGGGCAGCAGGUAUCUGAUCCGCUCGGACGACGUGGUGGAGACGGUGUACAACGAGAGGGGAGAGAUCAUCAAGACCAAAGAGCGCCGUCUUUUCCUGCUUAAUGACGUGCUCAUGUGCGCCACACCUAACCUGCGGUCUCCUCAGGACGGCGGGGGUGCCGUCGUUCCUUCAGGCCAACGUUUCCUGCUGAAGUGGAGCGUUCCUCUCAGCCUGGUGGAACUGGUGGAGUUCGGUGCCUCUGAGGAGAUGGGAGACUCCGCCCCUUUCCCCGCCCCUCACUCCGGGGAGAAGGUGGUCAUCAAUGCCAUGCCAAAUAAGUUGUACGUGGGUCCGGGUCAGCUGUAUCAGGACCUGCAGAACCUGAUCCAUGACCUUGGCCUCGUCAACCAAAUCUCCACCAUGAUCAACAGCCUGAAGGGGAACUACCAGAAUGUGAAUGGGACAGUAGCUCAGGACUGGAUCUCGGGUCUUCAGCGUCUUAUCCAGAAGAAAGAGGAGGAGAUUAGAGCUGCUGAUCGCUGCCGUAUCCAACUGCAGCUACCUGGAAAACAGGACAAAUCGGGCCGUCCCACGUCCUUCAUGGCCGUCUUCAACACCCUGAGUCCUUCCAUCAAGCAGGCCUGGAUCACCAACCUGCAGAUGUCCAAGCUGUCUCUCGAGGAACCUAACAUACAGGGCUGGUUCAUCGCAGAUGAUGAUGGGAAUCAGAUUAAGAAGCAGAAACAUCCGCUGCUCCUCAAGCACCUGCCUGUGGUCAUGUCCAGACUGCAGGAGUUUAAAGUGGAGUGUGCGGUCCAUAACCCAGAGCCCCACAUUAACAGCGAGAGCACGGCGGACAUGCCGGUGGUGGGACACGGCUGUGUUUGGGUUGCCAGCUGCACCAAUCAGAUGGCUCAGAUUGCCGUAGUGGCGAUGCAGAACUCCAGCCCGAAGGUGACCGAGUGUUUCAACGUGGAGUCACGGAUACUCUGCAUGACCUACGUACCUGUGGAGGAGCCCCUGGAGGACGGAGAGGGAAACCCCGAGCCUCAGAGUUGCACCACGCCAACAGUCUGUGUGGGGACUGAAGAGGGCAGCAUCUCCAUCUACAAGAGCAGUCAGAGAUCCAAGAAGGUUCGAUUGCAGCACUUCUUCACGCCAGAUAAAGCGGCCGUGACGUGUUUAGCGUUUAAGAGUCCGUUUCUAUACGCCGGCCUGGUCAGCGGCUCCCUCGCCGUCUACUCACGAACACAGGACGGUUCAUGGGAUUCCUCCAGCGUGCGGUUAUUGAAGCUCGGUGUGCUGCCGGUGAAGGCCCUGCUGGCCGUCGGGGAGUGUGUGUGGGCAUCAUCGGGUGGACACGUCUUCGUCAUCGAUGCUCGUACACACACUAUAGAGCACCAGUUGGAGGCGCAUCAGGAGGAGGGAAUGGUCGUGUCCCAAAUGGUGGUAGCUGGAGUGGGCAUCUGGAUCGCUUUCAGCUCAGGGUCCACACUCCGCCUGUUUCACACUGAGACACUGGAGCACCUGCAGGACAUCAACAUCGCUACACCUGUCCACAACAUCCUCUCAGGUCAUCAGAGGGUUUCUGUGAGCAGCCUGCUAGUGUGUCAUGGUUUGCUGAUUGUGGGGACAAAUCUUGGGGUGACGGUGGCUCUGAGCGUCCCCCGACUACAGGGCAUCCCCAAGGUCACAGGACGAGGUAUGGUGUCCUUCCACGCUCAUUACAGCCCUGUGAAGUUCCUCAUCAUGGCGUCGCCCGUACAGAACGCUGUCCCCACCAUCAGCGACUCAGCCAGUCAGCGUGUUCCUGCUCCAGAAGAGGACGGCUCUCCCGAUGGAGACGGCAUCCAUCCCGUCCCCAUCCGCCAGGACUCGCUCUCAUCUUCCCGCAGCUCCCUGGAGCACGGGCCAGAGGAUGGCGCCAUCUACGACCUUCUCAGUGACCCGGCGUUCUCCCAGAACACAAAGCGCACCACUCAGCGAUCAAACCUCAGCUCGGUGCUGGUGCUGUCGGGCGGCUCGGGCCACAGAAGAAUCAACAGGAAGAGCAAAGCGGCGCGACAUGAAGAAAACCUGCCCACGGUCAUGGUGUGGCAGAUCCCAGUGUCUGAAGUGUGAUCCAGUGUUCACUUCUGCUCUCGUGUUCUCUCUGUCCAGGAUGAGGAUGGUGGUGAGGACGAUGAUGAUGAUGAUGAUGCUGAUGAGAAGGAUGAUGAGGAUGAGGAUAAUAUUUUAUGGCCUGAUGUAAUUCCUGUGUGUUUUGGAGGUGUUCCCCUCCUUCGUACGUGUGUUCAGGCUCUGCAGACUCAGCAUUGGUGUAAAAACUGAGCGGAAAAAGGAAAGAAGACGAGCUGGACGAUUGAUCUCACUGAUCACUCCAGUGUGUGUGUGUGUGUGUGUGUGUGUGUGUGUGUGUGUGUGUGUGUGUGUGUGUGUGUGUGUGUGUGUGUGUGUGUGUGUCUGUAAUAGCAGAAUCUUAAUGGACGACUUACUUGAAAAGGCUCUUCUUGGGAAUCCAAAUCACUGCAACACCACUGAAAGUUCACUCUCCUUUGUUUCUGUGCUAAUUGAAAUAACACCGCUAACGCAAAGGUUUCUUUUCAUCUUUAGCUGCCGUGUGCUUAUGAUUCUUAAUUCCACUUCAUAUUUAUAUACAGUAUAAAACACUCUGAAAGUUUAGAUUUUAUCCUUGUAAGUUUAAAAAAUUUCAAAGUUUUCUAGAAACCGAGUGCAAUCAACAGAGGGACCGAACUCACUGUUGUUCACACAUUGAGUGAAGUUCACCGACGCUCGCCGGAGACGUCACAACGGAACACCGUGCAAAGUAAAAAAAAGUUUAAAAAAAAAGAGAGACUUUUUAGAAAAUUUGCUGCCUCACACCAGUUGGCUUUUUUUUUUUAGAAAAAAAAAAAAUCUAUUCUAUCCUUAUACUGACAUAACCAAAAAAAGUGUGAAAUAUACCAAAAAAAAUCUAAAACGUUUCGUCUCCUCACCAAAAAAAAUAAAUAAAUAAAUACUGGGGUGAAGUUAUACUUAGUUGAUCCUCUUAAACCCCACCCCACCCCCCACCCCCCCCUUAAGGAAAAAUCCCGGGACGGAAUUUCUGGCUGGCCAGAUUUCCUGCUCCAUAAUAAAAACCCAGAUGGAAUUAUUUGACACCUUUAUUUUGUUUGUUUGUUUUAAUAGAACUAAAUGAAUUUAUCCACAUAUGGGUAUUUAAUACGCUGGAGGAAAAAAGGAAGCAUUAUAAGAAUAAAUCAGUAUGGUUUUGAUUUUUUGUUUUUAACUCAUCUUAGUAUUUGUGUCUUUUUUUUCUAACAUCUGAUAUGUUACUUAAAGAAAAAUUUGUACAACUUUUUUUUUGUUUGUUUAUUGAAUUGUGCACUCUUUAUCUGUCAGACAAAUAAUAAAUGUAGACGCCUGUGUCUAUCUUUUCCUUC